AUGGAACCGCCAUCAUCACCCUCUUCUACCAUCACUAACCCACCCUGCGAUCAUGAAACUGCUCAAAGGUUAGCAAAAUUGAUUGCGGAAGCUAUGACUUGCUGCUUCGCCCUCCUACACUAUGACAGUGUCUCAAAAUUGAUGGUUGAAUGGUGUUGGCCUGCUGAUGGUGAGGGAAGGAAGAUUCCACCGUCCGACCUAGAGAAGUACCACAAAGAAUAUGAUAUUAGAUACCCAUGCUGCCUAUGUGCUGAUGGCGGUGGAAGAGGUGCAUAUGUAGAGGCGGCAGUGUACCAUUGGUGGAAUACUACCACGAGGAAGACUUAUUGGAUUGCGAGAUGUGCCUCUAAUAGGUGCGGAUACCAAGUAAAGAUAGACAAGUACUUCCAACUGGCACCUAUGGCCACCUUCCAGUACUGGCGAAGAGAACACCAAAUCCCACCUGUUCAACUCGAGUGGACAUUCUGGGAGCAAACAAAGUUGUUGAACAAGCUCGACUCAUCUGUUGGUGAUGGGAUUGCUGCAAAGGAGUUUUGUGUUUUGUUUAAACGCUGCAAAAUGCAAGCAAGUAGGAGUGAGACCAGCAAUGAACCACCAUGUCUGUUCAGGCCGGGUGCAAAUGCGACGAGGACGAUCAUUAUUGCUUUGACCGAUGUCAGUGACAUGACGUCAUGCAAUGUGUUACUUACCUACUGGAUAUUCGCAUACACUUUCAUGUCCACAUAA